AUGACCCACCAAGCCGAGGCAAAGAUAAGACUCAACUAUGAGUAUCUGAGUCUCUCCGGCGAGGGUGAGAGGGAUGACCGUGUCCUCGAUGCGUGGUUCAAGAUUAAAGAGCAGGCGAUACAUAAGGGUGUUAAUAUAGCUGCUAAAGCUGAGGUUCAGGCGCUGGUGCAGGCACAGGCAAGGCCGAAGAUUGCGAAGAAGAAGAAGAAGACCAAGAGGGUGAUGAGAAGGCCCUGA